UACCAAAGGAGCCUAUUGAACAACAACAGCUUCUCGUUCAACCUGGGUCCUCUUGUGAAUGUCACAAACAUCGACAUCAACACAGUUUGUUACCUAAAUGGUAGCACAUUCCAGUGCAGAUGUGAGGACCAGUUCGUCUGGUCUUCUACGGACUGUGCUACAUACAGAGCCUGUGAUGAGAUCACUAAUGACACGUGCAGUUGUAUCAACAGUAUUCCAUCCAAUGGACAGUACUGCCAGCCAAAGACAGCUCCUCCAGUUGUUUAUACAUACCUCAUUUCUGUUGAGUUGAACAUCGCAGAUGUUGGACUAAUAAAUCCACUGAGGACCAUUCUGAGCAACAUCAGUUACCCAAUCAGCAUCAACCACAUGCAAAUCUCUGAUGUCAUCAUUUCUACAGUUUGCUCUCUGAGCAGCAGUGGUUACCAGUGCAGAUGUGAGGAUCAAUAUCGUUGGUCAUGUGACCAGUGUUUCAUGUAUGGAUCCUGUGACCACAUCACCUCCAACACAUGUGGAUGCAUCAAUGCCAUCCCUGCUGAUGGACAGCAUUGUCAGCCUGUUGACAUAUAUAACUUUACAAUUUGUUCAGUUACGACGACCACUCUAUCACCAACAACUUCUCCAGUUCUCUAUGAAUAUAUUAUUACAAUUGAGCUGAACACCACAGAUGUUACAGUGAUAGACCGACUGAGAAACAUCAGUUACCCAGUCAGCAUCAGCAACAACACACAAGUCUCCGGCACGAACAUCUCUACAGUUUGCUCUCUGAGCAGCAGUGGUUACCAGUGCAGAUGUGAGGAUCAGUAUCGUUGGUCAUGUGACCAGUGUUUCAUGUAUGGAUCCUGUGACAACAUCACCUCCAACACAUGUGGAUGUAUCAAAGCCAUCCCUGCUGAUGGACAGCAUUGUCAGCCACAGACAGAUGACUUGAUUUGUCCAUCAACAACUCCGCCAGUUGUAACAACUACAACUGCUGCAACGACAAGGAAUACUACAGCAUUCUUAACACCAACCACCACAGCCAUAACAGAUUCAACAUCGGCUACAACACAUGUUAACACCACAACAGUCAGAUCAACAACAGUGGUAACAAAUUCUAUACCUAUUGCUACAACAAAUAUGACUACGACAACAGCUGCAACACCAACUGUAACAAAUUCGACACCUGUUGCUACAACAGUUAUGAACACUACAACAACUGCAACACCUGUGCCAAUAACAACUACAACUGUUGCAACGACUAGAAAUACUACAGCAUUCUUAACACCAACCACCACAGCCAUAACAGCUACUAAUGCAACCAGCCAAAACACCACAAUUACCUCAACAACAACAGACCUUUCACCCACAACCAUUAUAACAAAUACAAGUAACACAGCUACUACAAAUGUCCCCACCAUGACCACUACUGCUGCCACUACCACCACAACUACGGCGGCUACCACGACCACUACCCCUAGGACGACUGUUACUACGAUUUCUACCACCGCUACCAUCACGACUACGAUUGCUACCACUGACACAACCCCUACCACGGGCGCUAGCACCAGUGCACCAACGACAACUAAUAACCAAACAGAAACAGUUUUCAAAAUCGAAAUGUCAAUGAGAUUAGACAAGGAUUACACAUCAGAAUUAAGUGAUACGUCAAGUAACGUCUACAAAGAUUUGAAGUCAAAGAUCGACGAAGUGAUACUUGAGGAUUAUGGAGGAAUCCCAGGAUAUAGAGGAGGUUUUGUGACAGAAUUCAGCAAAGGAAGCAUUAUUACAAAAUAUGUUCUACAGACGACACAAGUUGACUUUGAUCAAAUCUUUGUUGAAAAUCAAAACUUCCGUAAAGCAAUAAAUAAUAGCAUUGCUCCUGUCAUUGGAGCAGUUUCUGCAUUUUACCAAAGUUCAACUUCGAUCAACCUUCCAAACCUCACUUACACUGGUGCCAGCCUGUCCCUGAAGUGUAAGCCUUCAGAAAGCGUUAUAGUGGGACUAAUUCUCAGUUCCAGAUGGACAUUUAAUGGACGGGAAAUUAAAGACGGUGGAAGGUUUAAAAUAACUAUUUCCAACUCUAUGUCUAUGCUUGAAGUUAACAACGUCAUUCCUGCUGAUAGUGGAAAUUACAGUUGUACUCUGAGCAAAACCGACCUGGAAUUCCAGCAAAAAGGAAUUGUAAUGGAAAGCAAAAUCAAAGAAGCUCCUGUUGUGCGUCUCAAGAGUAAAUUUCAUGUUAAAUGCGUACCUGGACAGAUACAACCCUUCAAGUGUUGUGUGCAGCGUCCCUACACAAUCAAGUGGUUUCAAGGCAAAGACCAGUUGACCUCAGUUUCUGUUACCGGUGAAGACGCCAACUGCAUUAGGCAUGAUUACAAACUUGGAAGCUGCAGAGAUCCAGUCAUUCUUACAUGCAGGGUGGAUAACCCAUCAAGUUAUGAAAUGACAUCGACCAUGAUGAUCUUCAAAGAGAAUUCCAAAUGCAAUGACGCUCAGUAUGGGGACGGCCGAGUAGGAGACCGAACAAGCAUUGAGUGUGAUAUAGGUCAAGUAGGAAGAAGGCUGGCGGAAUGCCAGGAAACGGGCAAGUGGAAACUGGUCGAAGACACCUGCAUUGUCAUAGAAAUCAACGAAUUACUGAUUGAGUCACAGACUUUGGAUGAGGAGGGAGUGCCAGAUUUUGUAGGGAAUCUAAGUAAAGCUGUCCAGAAAGAAAGACAGGACAUUGAAAAUUCAACUGCAACCAUAUCAGCUAUCGUUGACAUCCUUAACACUGUUGCAAAUGUUUCAACUGCUGUCGAUGAAACCAGCAUGCAGCAUAUCCUAGAGACUGUUGAUGUCAUCAUAGGUGAAGAAUCAAGAGAGUCUUGGGUAAUUUUGAAUGCAAACGACACCCGCAAUUCCAGCUCCAAAUUGUUGGGUUCAUUGGAGAGUCUCUCCAGUUAUUUGGACGGCGAGUUUUCCGUAAGGACGCCACGGAUCCUGCUAAACAGAACGACGUUUGAUGACUCCUUCAUGGCAGACCUGAACUCCAGCAUCGUCCUAAACAUUACGAAAAACAGCAUGAGCAAUGUUUAUAUUACCACCAUCCUCCUCUCAACCCUUUAUAUUGUUAUGCCAACACGAAACUCCACCUUUGACGUCAGCCCCUUCAAUACCACCAGUAAUGAAACUGCCAGUGAUAAUGCCAUCAAUGCAGCCGUGUUGCUUGUCAAAAUAAAUGCCAAGGUUCAGAAUGUCAUCCUGAGAUACGACAAGCUGAACAGCUCCUUGACAAUGAACCCGCAGUGCGUCUUCUGGAACUUCACACUCUUUGACAAUAUUGGUGCUUGGGAUGAUGAGGGAUGUAAGUUUGUUUCCGACAGAAACAACAUAGUAACCUGCAGCUGUAACCACCUCACCUCCUUCUCAAUUCUGAUGGCAACGGACAUCCCCCCAUCUAUAAGAGAAGCCUUGGAUAUAAUCACUUAUGUUGGAGUUGGAAUAUCAAUGGCAAGCUUGGUAAUAUGUCUAGUUAUUGAAGGGUACGUUUGGAAAGCCAUUACCAGGAAUAGCACUGCCUUCAUGCGUCACGUUUCCAUCGUAAAUACCGCCCUGUCUCUGUUGGUCGCUGAUAUCUGUUUCAUCAUUGGUGCCUCUGUAGCAAACAAUCCCCUUGAAAACCCAGGGGGGGACUACGAACUUCCUCUUGGACCAUGUAGCACGGCAACCUUUUUUAUGCACUUUUUCUACCUUGCUCUAUUCUUUUGGAUGCUCGUGUCAGGCCUUUUGCUCUUUUACAGGACGGUGAUGGUCUUCUCGUACAUGUCCAAGUCAAUCAUGUUGGCCAUUGGUUUCUGUUUAGGAUACGGCUGUCCCCUGAUUAUAGCUGUUAUUACUGUUGCUGUCACAGCACCAGGGAAUGGAUACAUUAGGAAAUCCGAGGCUUGCUGGCUGAACUGGUUUGAGACAAAAGCCCUCCUGGCCAUGGUGAUACCGGCCUUGACCAUAGUUUUCAUCAAUAUAUUAAUUGUAAUUGUGGUCUUAUACAAAAUGCUGAAAAGAGGUGUGGGAGACGCUGCACAAUCAGAUGAAAAACACACGCUGGUGGUCAUAACGAGAUGUCUGGUCAUUUUGACUCCUUUAUUUGGAUUGACCUGGGGUUUGGGUGUGGGAACCAUGGUAUCAUCAACAAAUAAGGCAAUCCAUAUCGCCUUUGCAUUCUUCAAUUCACUACAGGGUUUCUUCAUUUUAUUGUUUGGGGUACUACUCGAUUCAAAGACUCGUUCUCUCCUCGGAAGGAAAUCACCUCGAACAAGCACUGGCUCUAAUUCUACGAGAAGUACAGGUGCUGGCAUUUCCUCCUUGAGUGGAAAUAAUUUUAUUGGCAGACUACUAGGAAGAAGAAAUGUCUACCACGUUUCACAAGCUACAAACACAAACAGCAGCGGUGCAACGGAGUCAUUUAGUAAUAUAUGAAUCAAUGCUACAAGCUGUAUAGGUAACAAUUGUUUGAUCAUUCAAAAUGUCUGUAAGAUAUGAAUUUUCUGUUAAGUCAGAAACAGAAGUUAUGAAAUCAGUAACAAAAUAGUGAGGUUUUAAAAGAUUAAAAAUGCUUGAAGGAAUGUUCAGUGUGACAUUCCUUCAAGCAUUCCUUCAAACACUCUUAAUAUAUAAUAUUUAAUAAUUUUGUAUAUAUAUAUUGUGAAUAAAACUGAAAUAGCAAUUGUUGCAACUUGCAUUUUGAUAGGUUUUCAAAUCCCCAGAGCAUCAUUGGUGAAUAUUUAUUUAUCACCCACUGGAUACUCCUGCUUGUGCAGAUACAAAUUUUAUUAACCUAAUUUACAUUCUUAACACCCAUGACUAAUUAUUCUGUGGCUCACUCUGACUCAGACCUCAUGAAAAUGAUGUGCAGCAGCUGCCUUCAUUUCUGUUGGUGCCCAUCGCCCUCAUGUGGCCCUCCUGGGUAUUGCUCUUAAAUCAAACUGAUAGAUUUGCUCACGUCAGAUAGUUUAUAAGCAAAAAUUAAAGUUGAUAAAUAAUAGUUUAGAGAUCAAUGGGCACUAUUCUUUCAACAUUUUUGAAUAUUCCUGAAAGGUAUAACAAUUUGGACACAGUUUUUUGCUCAAAGUUUUUUGCUUUUUGCCUUCUACAUAUUUGUUCCUGUUUGUAAAAAUAUGUUGUAAAUCAAAAUUGUACAGAUAUCUACAUAAUUUAAUAAAAACAGAUUAUUACAGAGUAAUGUUAAAAGAGUCAUCCAGACUUCCUGUUAAUGGCUUGAGGCGAGUAGAAGUUCCACAUGUUGACUUUACCUUUCAUUCAGAGAUAAGUAUUUUUGACCUGUUCAUGUUAGUUCAUGUUAGUCGAGGCUGUGCAUGAGGGCCCAUAGCUAUGCUGUUAAACUUUUCAUUGCUUUUUAAUAAAUACUUGAAUUAGA